CUGGCAAAACAGCUGAGUUUUCAAAUUGCGAGAUGGCUGCCAAAACUAUGAGAAGAUUUUAAUUAAUGCGUCGAUUUUGUGCAAAAUAAUGCCGAAUGUGCGGUUCAUUGCGCUUGAAUGCGAUUUGAGUGCGAUGAGUGCGGUACAGAGCUCCUAAAGUGCGCGUUAGCAUGGGCACCAACAUCUCCCAGUUGGAGAGGGACAUUGGUUCGGAUCAAUUUCCCCCUAACGAACACUACUUCGGCCUUGUCAACUUCGGCAAUACCUGCUACUGCAAUUCGGUGCUGCAAGCGUUGUACUUCUGCAAGCCCUUUCGGGACAAGGUCCUCGAGUACAAGGCGCGCAAUAAACGUCCCAAGGAGACCCUACUCACCUGCCUAGCCGACCUCUUCCACAGCAUCGCCACCCAGAAGAAAAAGGUCGGGUCCAUAGCGCCCAAAAAAUUCAUCGCUCGUCUGCGAAAAGAAAAAGAGGAGUUUGACAACUACAUGCAGCAAGAUGCGCACGAGUUCCUCAACUUCCUGAUCAAUCACAUAAGUGAGAUCAUUCUUGCCGAGAGGAAUCAGCAGGGCAAGGGCAAAAGCCAGUUGACUGCCGAAACUCCAAACUCACAGCCUGAGCCGACAUGGGUGCACGAGAUAUUCCAAGGUAUUAUGACUAGUGAAACUCGCUGCUUGAACUGUGAAACUGUGAGCAGCAAGGACGAGCAUUUCUUUGACCUGCAAGUAGACGUAGAACAGAAUACAAAUAUAAAUCACAGCCUUAGGUGUUUUUCUAACACUGAGAUUCUGUGCAGUGAUAACAAAUUCAAAUGUGAUAACUGCCGCAGUUAUCAGGAAGCACAGAAAUGGAUGCGAGUCAAAAAGUUUCCUAUGAUCCUAGCUUUGCACCUAAAACGGUUUAAAUACGUAGAGCAGUACAACAGGCACAUCAAAGUCUCUCAUCGAGUAGUUUUCCCCUUCGAAUUAAGACUCUAUGACACACCAAUUCCGCAGAGCGAGGACACGGCGAACCCUCCGGAGCGGCCGUACGACCUGGUAGCGGUCGUCAUCCACUGCGGCAGCGGACCCAACCGGGGCCACUACAUCAGCAUAGUCAAAAGUCACAGCUUCUGGCUGCUCUUCGAUGACGACAUGGUCGACAAAAUCGACGCAGCCACGAUCGAAGACUUCUACGGUCUGACGUCGGACAUCCAAAAGUCGUCCGAGACCGGCUACAUUCUUUUCUACCAGUCAAGGGAGUGCUCCUCGUAGUGCACGAACCGCGCGAGUGUUGAAUUCUUCUCAACUGUGAUUGUGUUACACGGCAACUUUUGGAAAUACUUGUUUCGUUUUUAUUCUUUCGUAAUUAUUAUAUAGCUCACCUUGUAAAUUGUACAUACUGCGAUUCCGAUUAUUAUUAUCACACAUGGAAAAAAAUAUUGUUCUCCUCCUUGUUAUCGUUGUAGUAGCUGGAUACUACAGUUUUAAUAAAUUGCUGAAUAACUGAUCGAGUACGUAAUAAAUUUUCACAGCUUCUUUCCGUUGGCGUUAGCAAUAAAAUAAAAAUAUUCCCUUGUUAAAAA